UUCCCUCUUCUCUCUCUCUACAACACAUUGACUAGUCGUUAAACACCUUCACUUCAUCAUCUGUUACACUUUCUCCUCCCUCCUUCAAGACUUGUUCUUCCUUUUAUUUCUCUCUUUAAUUUCUCAUAUAAACUCUCCUCUCCACCUUUUACUUUUUUUUUUCAAUUCUUCCUCACUCUCCAUGUUCGAAAAAUGGAAACAAAAACUUCACAAAAAAUCAGAAAGUGUAUAGUCCACAAGACUGUCACUAGUAGUACUACUAAGCAUAAUCAGAACAAGUUGACUCCGAGAGUUGUUCGGAUUUGUUAUAAUGAUAGUGAUGCUACUGAUUCUUCCAGCGACGAUGAGGAGGAGGAGAGAAAUCGAGUGAAAAAAUAUGUUACGGAGAUUAGAUUUGAGAAGAGAGAGGUGAAGAAGGCGUUGAAUUCGAGCAACAAGAAAAAAAAGGUGAUUGUUUUGAAGAGAGACGAGAAUGUUAAGAAGUAUCGUGGUGUUAGGCAGAGGCCAUGGGGGAAAUGGUCUGCGGAGAUUCGAGAUUCGGUGAAAAAGACAAGGACUUGGUUAGGUACUUUUGAGACUGCUGAAGAAGCUGCUAUUAUGUAUGAUCUGGCCGCUAUUGAAAUGCGCGGAGCUAAUGCUUUGACCAAUAUUAUUGAGCCGCCCUUGAAAAAAGAAAAUAAAAUCACUUCAGUAUCAGAUUAUGAUUCUACAGGGGAAUCUGAAAACCUCUGUUCUCCUACUUCUGUUUUGAGGAACAACAACAAUAAUAAUAAUAAUAAUGUUGGUGCUGCUGCUGCCGAUGCUAAAAUUACCAAUGAAGAAAUGAAGAGAAUGGAAAUCGCUAUGCAAAACGAUGAAAAUGGGAUUAUGUUUGAUGAUAAUUUGCCGUUAAUGGAUCAGAGUUUCCUUAAGGAUUUCUUCGAUUGGCGGUCACCUUCUCCGUUAAUGGAUGAUGUAUUCUUGCCAGUUUUUAGCGAUGGAAACGGAUUAUUACCAGAAAUGUUAAGUAUUCAGGGAAAUAGAAAGUUGGAUGAAGAUUUGGAGACAUGUAAGUGGGCGAAUGAUUUCUUCCAAGAUUAUUCUUGAUGCCUAUGGAGAAAUUAUUAAAAUGGGAGUACAAAGUAAAUAUACUACUAUUAUUUUUUAUUUUUACAUUUCAAGUUUUUUGUUCUUUUAAAGCUUUCUUUAAUAUUCUUUCCAAGAAAAUGUAACGAAAGUUUUUAUUGGUGCGUAACUAGUAUUUUAGUUCAA